UGUGUGCAUGUGUCUUUGUAUUAAUUGUAAUAUUUGAAGAAUAUCUGUCUCCACAGUUGAGGCUGAACGAAAGAACACUUCAAGCGGACUGAAGGUUCCACACAAACUCCGUCAGGCGGGCUACGGGGAAGAGGCGGAGGACAGAAAGGAAGUGUCACAUUGUCUUGCUUUGUUUCCUGUUUCAUAUCACAAAACAGAUCGUGAGAGCAACUGAUCCAAAAAUGAAAUGCCAUCCAAUACAGACAGGCAAAUGCUGAGAGGCGGGGACCGGAAGGAAAGAGGGAGGAAGAGACGAGGUGAAGUCCGAUGAGGGACAGAGGGGGUUUCCACUUGAAAAGCGUCAGGAGUUGGGUGACACACAGAAGGGGGCAGAUCACUUCUCUGAAAGGAAGAACCGAGAGAACAGGAUGACAGCAGAGUAAAGAAAAAACGGCGUCACCAGAACAGACGGGAGAAAUGCAAAAAUCAAAUGUUUGCUUCAGAUUGUGAGAUGAUAGGCUUAUUGGCAGGUGUAUGAACAUCGGUAGAGGAAGCAGACAAACCAUUUGUAGAGGACUUUAAAACGUUUUAAAGGUAAGAUAUUGACAACAUCGACAAGAACAUCCUCAAAAUCACUCAGAUCAGCGAGAAGAUUAUUCUCAAAUGGACUAGAGAUGGCUGGUAAGAAAAACUGCAAACCUGAGGAAUAUCAGCACCUAUCUGAGGAUAGGUGCUGUGACAAAUGCCCAAAAGGCCAGCAUGUUUUCAAAGACUGCACACAGACUGAACAGACCAUGUGUGAAAGAUGCAAACACAAUGAAUAUACCGCUGACAGGAACUUCUUACGUCAGUGUUUGCCAUGUCGAGACCUUUGCCAUUCCAAGAGCAACAUGAAGACGGCCAGAGAAUGCCAGGCAGACCAGGACAGACAGUGCGAGUGCGUGUUUGGUUACUAUUUUGUAGACAAAGACAAGACGCACUGCGCCACUGUGACCGAGUGUGACCCAGGUUCUGAGGUUAAGGUUAACGCUACCAUCGGAAAUGACACCGUCUGUGCCCCAUGUAUGCCUGGGACCUUCAGCUCCACAAAGGGUCUUUCUCCCUGCAAACCCCACUCCAAUUGUGAAAAACUAGGACAGGAGUUGAAAUCCGCAGGAACUGAUACCAGCGAUGCAAAGUGCCAUCUCAUCAUACCAAGUUGUUCCUGGAUGUUACCAGCUGGCCUUUGGGUAGGGGUGGUAGUGACGUCGAUCUUCAUCAUUCUGUUCUGCAUUAUCUACUGGAGGAUGAAGCGCCAAUCCUACCAUACAGCAGCUUCCAGCCCCUGCCGUUUGACUGUGGAGCCAGUGGUCAUCAGAGAGCCACUGUGCCCAUGCCCAGAGUUAGGGAAACACUGCCAGGAGACCUGUGAUGGAGAGAAAAGUCUGAAGCCAGUUUUUGUCAACUCAGGGAAGUCUCCGGUGCUGAAUCUAUGCCAUCAACAUUGUGACAUAGAAAGCGAUGGCCCUUCAAGGAUACCAUUGAUGGAUCGAUCGGGCCAAUCGGUGAAUGACAUGAACGGACAUUCCACGAUUUCCUUAGUCAGGAUGACAUCAGAGCCACAGGAAGAUGAAUGGGGCGGGACAUAAAUUUAGAUCCAACAUUGACUAAUGCUACCAGUAUUGACAUUGUUCCUAAACAAGCUGAUAACAUGAAACCCUGUGUAGGCACAUGGACUGUCCCACAUUUUUAUGUUGUCUAUCACCCCCUGUUGGCAACAUAAAAGUUGCACUGCAGUACUGUAUCAAUAGUUACUCAAAAGUAUUUAUUUAAUUGAUGGCAACUUCUUUCAAGUGUUUGUUCAUCUGUAGGAAGACAAAAGCUUUUUGACAAAUCUUGUAUUGCGUCAACUUAUUGCAAUUGAAACUUGCGCAAUAUUUAUUGCGCAAUAUUUAUUCCGUUAUCUAUGUAGAUAAUAUUUAAUGUGAGAAACUGAUUUCACUGUUAGUGAAAAUGAGUGUACAAUCAAAUGGAUAAAUAACUUCAACUUAGAAAACUAUAAUUGCUUUCAAGCAUCGAGCAAGAUAUGGUUUAUUUUAAUGUACAACUGGUACACAUCCAGUACAACAAGAAGACAUUCACCAUUGGAACCAU